ACACCUCGACGAAGCUUUUCAGCCUUUUCAACUUCCCAACACUAGCUAAUAUGUGAGCAUCCCGAUAGCGCGCAGGUCGAGUGCAAUGGGCACAGAGCAGUCCGCGUCAGGCUGGAACGAUGAGGAGCUCGAGACGGGUGACUUGAAUCGCAAAGGCAAGGGUGGCCACCACAUUGCGAAGCCGUUCGGUCUCGAUGAAUGACGCACGCAGCGGAAGCAGGUGGCGGCCAAUGGGGAUGCUGCUAGCCUCACAUCCAUCUCGCCAGUCUCUCCUGGCAAAGGCAAAGAUCAGAGGUCCGGCUCAGGUCAGGACUGCAGCUUCACGACCCAACAAAGCAUACUCAGCGAUGAUGUAGGGCGGAAGGCAAUUCGAGCAGAUCGAUGACCGAAUCACUUGACUUUCGAGUCGCAUCGUGCUGACCGCCGCUGCUUCGCCUCUUUGUCCCUGCAGCAGUCAAGAUGGCUCACAAGGACGUGUGGUUCACCCACCCUCGCAACAACUCCAAGGGAGGUCGUCAAUGCCGAGUUUGCGGUAACAAUGGCGGUAUCAUCCGCAAGUACGGUUUGGACAUUUGCCGUCAGUGCUUCCGCGAGAAGGCAGAUGCCAUCGGAUUCGUCAAGCACCGCUAAGCCACUUGGACUGAAGUCCUGCAAU